AUGGCCGUGGAGGGGGAUGCAGGCGCCCAAGGACCCUCGGGCCUGCGACCCCCAAAUCUUCUCCGUGCGCCCGCUUCGCGUGAGUGCGUCUUGCAGGGGGCCGGGCCCGCCCCCCUGUGCGCGCAGGCGCGCGCCGCGCUGGGCUCGGACCACCGCUCAGCGCCGGGCGGCUACCGGCUGGCCUUGCAGGUAAGAUAUUCGAGACAACUGGAGUGGAUGGGUUCUGGGCGGAGUGCGGAGGGAGCCGGGUGGAUGCCGGGCUCCGGGCGAUGGGAUUUGGCGGAGCUGCUGCUGGCGGCGUUCAAGAGGGGGGAGGUCAGCGUCCACCUGGUGGCCAGAGACAACCCGGGUUCCGGCCCUCACCUGCCCGCUACUGCCUUCAUUAUCCCAGCUAACUCGGCCACUCUAGGCCUGCCUAGCAAUGCCCUGGAGGUGUCUUGCUUUCCCCGAGAGUCAAUCCAUGUGGGUGCCCCGGAGCGGGCGGCCGCCAGCGAACCCGUUACGGCCACCGUGCUGCCUCAGUUAAGUGCUGGGCCAGCUACCAACUCCGGUGCCAGUACGGUGCGGCUCCUGGAGUGGACGGAGUCGGCGGCCCCGCCUCCCGGGAGUGGCCUGCGGUUCCGGAUAAGCGAGUACACGCCGCUGACCAUGGUGAGAGCAGAGCAGCCGCGGAGCCCGGAGCUGGAAGGCGUGGCCGAAUACGAAGAUGGCGAGGCCUCGGCGGGAGGUGGCGAGGCGGGCACCCUACAGCCGGCGGACCUCCCCCAAGACCCUCCAGAACGUAGCUCUCAGGACCCCGUAGAGGAUGACACCAUCUGUCAGUGCCAAGCCUGUGGGCCUCGGCCAGGUGCCGGCCCAGAUCUCGGUUCCUCCAAUGACUGCUGCGCCCAGCUGUUCCAGGAGCGGUCUGUCAUAGUGGAGAACGCCGUGGGCUGCGCCAGCGCUUCUGAAUUGUUCAAACCUAUGAAGAAGCGGAAAUGCAGGGAAUACCAGAGCCCAUCAGAGGAUGAGUCAGAGCCAGAGGGCAUGGAGAAGCAAGAAGAAGAAAAGGAUCCAGAGGGACAGCCUACCACUAGCACCCCAGAAAGUGAGGAGUGGAGCAGCAGCCAGCCUGGUAUGUGUGUCUGUCUCCUUCCUCCUGCAACAGGUGAGAAGAAGGAAGGCUGGUCAUGGGAGUCCUACCUAGAGGAACAGAAGGCCGUCACUGCCCCUCUCAGCCUCUUCCAGGACUACCAGGCGGUUACGCAGAACAAGAAUGGCUUCAAACUGGGCAUGAAGCUGGAAGGCAUUGACCCUCAACACCCGUCCAUGUACUUCAUCCUCACUGUGGCCGAGGUGUGUGGCUACCGCCUCCGUCUACACUUUGAUGGUUAUUCCGAGUGCCACGACUUCUGGAUCAAUGCCAACUCCCCUGACAUUCACCCUGCUGGCUGGUUUGAGAAGACGGGGCACAAGCUGCAGCCCCCCAAAGGUUACAAGGAGGAGGAGUUCAGCUGGAGCCUGUACCUGCGCAGCACAAGAGCUCAGGCUGCCCCCAAGCACCUGUUUGUGAGCCAGAGCCACAGUCCCCCACCCCUGGGCUUCCAGGUGGGCAUGAAGCUGGAGGCUGUCGACCGCAUGAACCCAUCCCUCGUCUGUGUGGCCAGCGUGACCGACGUGGUGGACAGCCGCUUCCUUGUGCAUUUUGACAACUGGGAUGAUACUUACGACUACUGGUGUGAUCCCAGCAGCCCUUACAUCCAUCCGGUGGGCUGGUGCCAGAAGCAAGGAAAGCCUCUCACCCCUCCACAAGACUACCCAGACCCUGAUAGUUUCUGUUGGGAGAAGUAUCUGGAAGAAACCGGGGCUUCUGCUGUGCCUACCUGGGCCUUCAAGGUGCGACCGCCCCACAGCUUUCUGGUCAACAUGAAGCUAGAGGCUGUGGACCGCAGGAACCCGGCCCUGAUUCGUGUGGCCAGUGUGGAAGAUGUGGAGGAUCACCGGAUAAAGCUGCACUUUGAUGGCUGGAGCCACACCUACGACUUCUGGAUUGAUGCCGACCACCCCGACAUCCACCCCGUGGGCUGGUGCUCCAAGACAGGACAUCCCCUGCAGCCUCCUCUCCGACCCAGAGAGCCCAACGCCACAUCCCCUGGGGGCUGCCCCGCUCUCAGCUAUAAGAGCCUGCAGCACACUAGGACCUCCAAGUACAGCUUCCAUCACCGGAAGUGCCCUACUCCUGGGUGUGACGGUUCUGGCCACGUUACAGGCAAGUUCACUGCCCACCAUUGCCUCUCAGGCUGCCCGCUGGCGGAGAGGAACCAGAGCCGCCUGAAAGCGGAGCUUUCGGACUCGGAGGCCUCCACCCGGAAGAGGAACCUCUCAGGCUUCUCCCCAAGGAAAAAGCCUCGCCAUCAUGGCCGGAUUGGCCGCCCCCCAAAGUAUCGGAAGCUUCCUCAGGAAGAUUUCCAGAACCUCACCACCGAUGUUAUGCACCAGUCCCUCUUUCUGUCGGCCUUGUCGACCCACCCAGACCGCUCCCUGUCUGUGUGCUGGGAACAACACUGCAAACUGCUGCCGGGAGUGGCAGGCAUCUCGGCCUCCACGGUGGCCAAGUGGACCAUCGAUGAGGUCUUCGGCUUUGUUCAGACUCUGACAGGUUGUGAGGACCAAGCACGACUCUUCAAAGAUGAGGUAAGACGAGUCAUAGUUACCCACAUUUCUGGAGAAAAGCCCAUACCAGAGCUUUGGCUAGGAGAACUGGGCCCCACACAGCCUCCCCCACCAGCCCUCUUCAUCUCCCAUAUGAUUGACGGCGAGGCCUUCCUUUUGCUGACGCAGGCGGACAUUGUGAAGAUCAUGAGCGUUAAGCUGGGCCCAGCCUUGAAGAUCUAUAACUCCAUUCUCAUGUUCAAAAAUGCCGAUGACACCUUAAAGUGA